AGAUCCAAAUUCUGACCUCUCAAAGUAAUGCUUGGGAAAGCUUCUCUCCAACGCCCUGGAUAACCAACGCCAGUCAGGUGAAACUGGUGUGUAACGUGACUCUCGAGCCCUUUCCAAUCCCGGUGCUCUGGCUGUAAUCGGCACGUUACACUUCAGGGAGCCACAGGACUCUUCGUUCUUUUGGCUGCACUAGGCGAGCCUUUUGGAACUCACGCCGGCUGGUGGGAGUCCGAGGGGCGACGGCGCUUCCUUCCCCUCGCGGAAAGGAGCCAGCCGCCGCUGCGGGGGUGUGGACCGGCGCCUCUUUUUCGCGCUUACUUCCCCGGAGGGAAGCCGAGCCGGCGAGUCCCCUUUAAGGCCAGGAGUGACGUCAGCGCUGCUGUUGCCACCGGCCGGGAAACUCUCCGGCGGUUCGGUUCGGAUCGACCAAAGCGCUCAGCAUCGGGUGGAGAGAGGCGGGCGGCGGCUGCACUUGCUCGCCCCGCAGGCAGAGGCAGGUUGCGGGUUUGCGGGGCGAGAAGGGAAGGGAAGGGAAGGCGGAAGGAGGAGAAACCGAGCCGGCUUGUAGGGCGCUUUUCUCCGUGGACACAUCCGGAUUGGGGCGGGUGUUGUGCUGGAUCCGAAGUGGCUUUAAUCUGCUCCUUUGAGCCAUGGCUCCUCCGGCGGGCGCCUUCAGGCACCUGAGCCUGGCACUGGGUGCCGCGGUGGCCGCCCUGGGCUCCCUCCUUUUCAUCGCCUGGAAGAUCUACUUCCGAGACGUCAACGACAGCUGUAUCGGCUGGAGGGGACGCUGGGAGCAGCAGCUGCGGGCAGAGUUAGAGCGCAAGGCGCCCAAGGAGAACCAGCCACAUUCCUGUCAAUAUCAGGUUUUGGUUCUGGGCUUGGAUGGGGCCGGAAAGAGCAGCAUCAUUCACUAUGUCUGCAGUACAGAAGCAAAGAAGCAUAUCGCACCCACUCAGGGAUUCAGUUCAGUGCAGCUGCAGGCAGAUGGGCUCCAACUGGAUCUCCUAGAGGUUGGUGGCAGCCAGAAUCUGCGCUUCUACUGGAACCAAUAUCUGAGCAAAUCUCACGUUCUGGUCUUUGUGGUGGACUCUGCAGAUGGCCUUCGCCUUCCCACUGCCCGGCAGGAGCUCCACUGCCUGCUUGCAGAAGAUCCUCAGCUACCUUUGAUAGUGUUGGCUAACAAACAGGACAAGAGUGAUGCGCUGAGUAUGGCAGAACUCCGUAAAGAACUGGGCUUGCACACCUUGAACCGUCAGAGGGAAUUCUUUCUUUUGCCCACAAGUGCUACAUAUGCUGGCCUGGCCACCGCCAACAGUGUUCUCCACCUGAAGAGCCUGCUGAUCAAACUCCUUGCUCAGAUCUAAAAGUUUCACAACUUAAGAUUCUAACUGGAUGGAUCCAAUCUGACUCUGUUCUUUGUGGCAGCUACUUUUCCAUGCUGUAAGGCAGCAUUAGGCUCCUCUUUAUUUAAAGAAGCUCCCUUUCAAGCAUUCCCUAGAGUAAGGGAACCCGGCUUCCUGUCUGACCCUGGAGACAAAGUCUUCUGUAUGAGUUAAGAAGGAAAUCCAGUCAGGGCAGAUCAUGUGGCUGCUGUAUCAGCCUGGGAGGAUCGCUGUUGACAGCUGCUCUCCUGACCGCCUCAGAAUACAGUCCUAAUAAACUACAGCAUCAAUAAUUGUAGUAAGGACUACAAUUUCUUACAGGACCAUCAAUCGUAAGAUAUAUAGUAACAAAUAGGAAGAAAUGAAAACGGGGACUCUACACAGUGGCAGGUUAGGACUGCCGUCUAGAAUCCCUUGCUGUGCUUUGGGCAAGAUGAAGGCUGAUCUUGCCUAGCUGGAGUCAGUGGAAAGUUGGAUGUGGUGUCCACAAAGGGGUCUUAAUGUGUGCACCCAACUACACUGAUGAGAUGUCCCAGCACUUUAAAAAGGUUAUGCCCCCAGCUAAUGACCACACCCAGUGAGUAGUUGGUAGCAUAGCUGCCAUAGUUUCCUUUGCAAGAUACCAGAUAUCCUUGCAUGAUUACUGUUUCCUGCUAGACUAUGUGUAUUGCAGCAGCUAUGCCUCUGGGGUGAGUGGUCUCUCCUAUAUAUUCACUACUGCCAAGAACUGACGCAAAGAUUAAGUGUUUUCCUGUAAAAAUUGUUGCCCCAUAGUAU